UUGUGAUCGCUGUCACAGAGUAUUCAAAGUUGUUUGAAUCAGUACGUAACAGCUGAUGAAAAAUACUUAAGUCUGAAGGUCGGUUACGUCAAACAAACACAAGCCUCCAGUUCUCGAUAUACGGUUAUGGAUCCUUUAUGUGCAUCCGCGAACGAAGGUUACCUGCAUAGUAACUAUCGUCAUGUGUUUGAGAUCUUUAUUCUCGUUUGCAUGUCCAUAUUUGGUGCAAAAUCUGUGUUGAAACUAUUCAAGAAGUACAAAGGAGAGUUUCUUCGUGCUGGAUUCGCUGGUGUCGAUAUGAGUAAACCUACUAAACCAACAAUUCCUGAGGCCCAGGGAGUAAUAUGCGGUGUCGUUUUCUUAUUAAUCAUGUUCCUGUUUAUUCCUGUUCCUUUUUGGAGAUACCUGGUUAUCAAAGCUGAUAUGCAGUCAAUAGAGUCAUGUCCGACUGAUAAGAUCAGGAAGGAACAUGAGAUUAUCUUUAAAAGCCAGUUCAUUCAAUUUCUUGCUGGUUUACUGUCCAUAUGUUGCAUGCUAUUCCUGGGAUUCGCCGACGACGCCCUCAACUUACCUUGGAGACAUAAAAUCAGUUUUCCAUUCGUUGCAGGCUUGCCUCUGUUGAUGGUUUACCUAGCAAAUGAGGGGACCACAAGCAUAGCUGUCCCGGUUUUUCUGAGAAAUGCUUUCGGUGGUAGUGUAGACAUCGGUAUUUUGUACUACAUCUAUAUGGGUUUGUUAACUGUAUUCUGUACUAAUACUAUCAACAUAUAUGCGGGAGUAAAUGGUCUUGAAUCUGGCCAAGCACUAGUGAUUGGUGCUUCUUUAAUUCUGUUCAACCUAAUCGAGCUUACUGGUUAUCACUGGCGUGUUCAUCUCUUCUCACUCUACUUUCUGAUCCCAUUUUUGGCUGUAUGUUGGUCUCUAUAUCGUGUAAACCGAUAUCCAGCGAAGGUUUUCGUGGGUGAUACAUUUUGUUAUUUUGCAGGAAUGACGUUUGCUGUGGUCGGUAUUUUGGGUCAUUUCAGCAAAACACUAUUACUAUUCUUUCUACCGCAAAUCGUCAACUUUUUGUAUAGCACCCCUCAGCUGUUUGGUUUGAUUCCCUGCCCACGACAUCGAUUGCCUCGAUACGAUCCAGCAGAUGGUCUAUUACACCCUAGUCGUGUCCGUUUUCAUCCAAAGUCUUUAUCACGUGCUGGUCAGUUUGUUUUGACUGUGUUCUCGUACGUGGGCAUAAUUGAAUGCAAACUUUGCCCUGAUUGUAUCCCGAAUAUUUCUGCAUCGUCUAGAACAGAAACGAUUGUUUCACAGCCAUCUAAUGAAAAUAUGUCUUCUGAUGAAGAGCAAACAUCAGAAAGACGAAACGCCAGAAGUCGAAGCCCAGUUCAAACAAAAUUACCUACUGAAGAAAUUGUUGAAGUAGACAACCUUACAGUUAUAAAUAUGAUGUUGCGUCUUAUGGGACCAAAAAGUGAACAACAGACCACCAAUAUUCUUUUGCUACUCCAAGUGCUUUGUUCCUGUUUCGCAUUUAUCAUUCGUUAUCCUUUGGCUUGGUUCUUUUAUGAUGUACCAGCCAAGUAAUUGCAAUGAAUGAAUAUUCUGUUCACAAGAUUGAUUGUAUGAAUUGUUUUCUGCAGUGUUUUAGUUGUAUUUAAAAACAUAUUGAUAAUCGUUAUCGAUGUUAGACUGAAGUAUAUAUAUAUAUAUAUCUUACACAACUGAUUGUUGUAUAUUAGCUAUUCUGAUAUAUAUAUAUAUAUAUAUAUAUAUAUAUAUAUAUAUAUAUUCUCUCAUUUUGUGUACAUUUAAUUGCUCAUAUGUUUAUAUCACAAUUAUUAUUAUUAUUGAAGAUGCGUUUCACUCCAUUUAUUGAAUUCACUUUACAAAAUGGCAUUUUUUUUUCUUACUGUUUCUCUCAAUUCAUCCUCAUUUUCAUGUGAUGUUUGAUUUUGUUGUGUUUACAUAAAAUUACCAUCCGAUGUUUAUUUACACAUAAAUAUAAAUGUAUAUGUGUAGAAGUGUAUGUGAUGAACAUGCGCAUAGCUAACAACAACAACUCACAUUCACAUACACUACCUAUUUUCUGCACGUGUACUUCCAAUGUACGAAUCAGUUAUUAAAUAUUGUUCAUUGUCUAUCUAUAUCUACAUAUAUAUGUCAUGAAGAAUUCUUUAAAAAAAUGUUUCUAUACAUUUUACUUUAUAAUAAUAAUAGUAUUAUAUAGAACAUGAUAGAUUUUACUGUGAGAGAUGAUUGUGUCAUUGUUGAAAUCAUAUAAACUUGGUGAAUUGUUUGUUUGUUUGUUAAAAUUUUACAGACAGAUUUUUAUUUGUGGUUAA